CACAAACGUAAAUUAGACAAAUAAAUUGCAGCAACACACAGACUUGAGCAAGCAAACAUAAAUGAAUGGACAUUUACUAAUAAAUUUCGGACACACACUAUUUAGAUACUUCAUUUGAUAUAAAAAAGAAAGGCCAGAUUUAUGUUUCAUUAAACACUUUUAAUAAGAAAAAAUGUUGACCUUUUAAGUUUUGCCAUAACUUUUAUUUAAUUAUUUAAUUACCUGGAUAUAACUAAGGAAUGUUAAAACAAUAUGUGUGUUACAUAAAGGUGUGCUUAUAGAGCAGACAAUUUAGUUGUAAAAUACCCAGCUUGGGGUCAAUUAAUUUCGGCUAGGCAUCCCGGUUCAAAGAAAUUGUUGAGUGAGCACAAGCAGGUGCUUGUCCCUCAUUGGUUAAUUACUCAAAUGCUUACACAAAACAAAUAAAGUUGAUUUUUUUUUAAUUACACUAGGGGUUAAUUUUAUAUCUUUAAUUUCAUUGGCUAGCAUAGCGUUGGUUCCAGAAGAAGCAAGGUAUAAAUAAAACAGUCGUCGAAAAAUCAACCAUUAUCUGGCAUGCCCAAAAGAAUCAACAUGAAGCAGAAUACAUGUACUAAGUACACCGAACCUCUCUUCAUUGAUACAACUUUAGAGUAUAAGAUUGACCGAAGCCGAUUCCCAGGCAUCGACAACGGCGAGCCUAUGUUGUUGGUUCAUUCCUCUACCAACUGUCUAUGCACCCAGACUCACACAAACGUCAUCGCCCCAGCUGCUGAUCACGAACUAUUCACCAUGAUUGACACUCUAGCAGAUGUAGUUACAGACACGGAACAGAUCCAACCAGAAAACGAACUGAACACGUGCUGCUUUGGAUUAUCGCCCGUCUCUCCUUUAACACUGAGUCGCCAAGAAGAUUUAUGCUGUGACUUCGUUAGCGAUUACCCAAAAGACCGAGAUUAUCAGAGUCUGGAUUCCCCUCUCAACACCCUUGAUGUUCUCUUUGACUUUGACUCGUCAUCUUCAUCGGACUCCAACCCCAGUGCUCUUCUUGAUGACCAGUUAUUUCCCAGUUUGUACAACCCGCACGAUCCCGCCUAUCUAUUGGACGACUCCUCAACAAUCUGUGACAUUGACUUGUGUAUCAUUGGAAUGAAAACCAGAAAACGGCGACACUCCACGGUUUACGAAGAUUCGCCAAAACGACGGAGGACUGAGUGUUGCUGGGUGGCGGAUCUGUUCGAGGAAGAUGCGGAUCUCCGAUGGAGCAGCUGAAAAAUUGUGACUUAGUGGAUACCAUAUUCAUUUACUCAAUGGAUCAAACGUGUCAGUGCUUGUUUGUAUUGUAUUUUUUGUUGGUGUAUUAAC